CGACAAACUUGACUUGUCUACCGUGUCCCUACUCCUCAUUUCUACCUACCUGUUAGCAUUCACUUAAUCUGCGUAUCCUGUCCUUUUCGCCUGCAUACCACCCACCGACCAUGUCCACCGUUCAGAUCCCCGCCGGCAAGACCUGGUUCGACACGCACAAAGUGCACUUUGAAGAUGUGCCCAUCUCCGCCGACGACCAGGGGAUCUCGACCACCGAAUUCCUCAAUGCCUCCGAAGCCACCACCACCCUCUUCGACCUCUUGGGCUCGGUGGCCUUCACGCCAGUCAAGAACGACAUGAUGACUAACGUGACCAAAGUCCGCGAGCGGCAAAAGGCCGCGCCCCAGGGCUCCUCGGACACGCUGCAAGCACUCUGCAAAACCGAGCUCGCCUCGAAAUCCCACAAGGCUACCGAGGGACUGCUGUGGCUGGUCCGGGGUCUCGACUUCACUGCACAAUCGCUGCGCGCAGAUCUCACGAGCAAUGCGGCCGUGGCGCCGACAGAGGCCAAACCAAACAAAGAGUUGGCAGACGGGUUCAGAGCAGCCUACAAGAACACGCUGGCACCGCACCACGGAUUUCUGAUCAAGCCAAUUUUCAGUGCGGCUAUGAGUGCCACGCCGUACAGAAAAGAUUUCUACGUCAGGUUGGGAGGUCAGGGGACUGAUCCAGAGACCGUGAGACAGGCACUGGAGAAAUGGGUGUCUGCGUUGGAGAAAAGGGUCGAGAUUCUGAAAACAUUUCUCGCUAGCAAGGAGGCCAAAUGGUAGGAGCAAGGAUAGGGAAAUUUGAGAUCGAUCAGAUGCAGAAGUGCGCUCGAGCCAGUAGGCCAGGCCAGGCUCGCACAGAAGAGGAAGGAAUAUAUCUAAGACACGGGACAGAGGAAGAUAUGAUGAAGCCACGAGAUAGAUUGCAGCUCGUUCCGCAAGUUCCACGCUCUGAUACCUUUGCUCUUUCGCAUUUUUAUCUUCGAC